AUGGCGGAGGAAGAGAACAACCAGCUGGCCUUCUUGAAUGUCGUCAUAUGCCGCAAAGAUUGUGGUGGACUAAAGACCAAAGUAUGCAGAAAAGCGACAAAUAAGAUGCAAGUAAUGAACUUCAACAGCAACCAACCAAUCAACCACAAACGAAGUUGUGUAAGGAUGCUCUAUCGGCGUGUCAAAACGCACUGCAGUGAGCCGGAAGACAAGAUUGCCGAACUACAAUACCUUCGACGAGUCUUCAAAGCCAUUUGAUACCCGCGCAACUUUGUUAACCGGUGCAUACGCAAAAGGGGCGAUAGGCCAAACCGCACUCACCCCAAAUCUUGGCAAGCGAUUCCGUAUGUCAAGGACGUUCCGGAAACUGUCAGACACCCGUUCGAACCACUUGGGAUUGGAGUUGCACACACACCGGAGCCAACAAUCAGGCGUCAGGCAAUGAAAUCGAAAAACCCAAUGCCCCGACAAGAAACGUCUAAAGUCAUUUAUCGGAUAUGGUGCAGUUGCGGAAAAAGCAACUACAUCGGCGAAACCGGAAGACAGCUCAAAACGCGAAUAGCCGAACACGCUGCAGCCGCGCGGGGAAAUGACGCCAGCCCUUAAGUUGCGCCUCAUUCGACAAGAUCCGCCCACACACUCGAAUUCGACGAGGCGGAAAUUCUCGCUAGAAGUGACAAAAGCGUAAGCCGCGAGCUGCUUGAGUCAUGGUUCACUGGCCACUCAGUCUAUUAACAAGUGCUACGAUAUUCCCCUUCCAUCCUCGGUACUGAGACUUCGCCUAGGCGGAGUAAUUAGUGAAGCAGGGGGCGCACAGGUGAACACUGUCCCGUACUCCAGGGUCGGUGGGUGAGAUGGUCAAGCAAUCAUCACACAAACAUCCAACACACGUGGGGAAAUUGCUGCAAUUAACGACGCGAAUGUCGGCCAUCGAACAAUCAUCACACCAAGUACAACAAUCCCUGCUGAAUGAGGGGCGGGGGGGGAGGGGCGUGAAUAUUCAUAGGUAUGCGGUUACAUGGCGACUGCAUCCUAAAAAUAUUGCAGCUUCUUGUGCAUGAACCGCCCGCAUCUGCUAUUGUCUCUGAUGAUGGGUUCGAGGAGGGAUCCGAAACGUCAGGCGAAUAAAGCUCUUGUCCCAGCGAUCGUGCCUUCUACUUCAUGUGGACUAGUCUACUAGUAAGGGUUGGAAGAUAGGGGCUUGGCACAGGAGGAAAUGGGAGACUGGGACAGAGGCCACUUGGGUCAGCCUCACACUUUAAUUAGCCAGUCCCACCUCCAACCAAUCUCAACAAGGAUAACGCACUGUUUGACCGCCGCGAACGGCAGCGUCAGCCGUAUGCCUCAUAUCAGGGUGGGUGCAGAGGGAGCGGAGACUCGCGCCUGAAUUUUUUUAUACUGACUGUCGACUUUCUACUCCCCCACCCACCUGAGUCCGGUCUCAAGACUGAGUCAAAAUCACCUGAGGAGGGAUUGGACGCAGUGGCAAACAAAGUUAAACAGCCCUAGUUCCAGCACAGUGUGUUGGGCUUUUACAAGAGGAAGGGUCGCUCGGAUCCCGCCUCGGUUGGAUUUGCCAUAGAGGCCACAUUAAGAAGGAGCCACUGCAGCCUGGCCCUUCGCCUUUGAGAAGAGGAGCAAGUUAGCCUGUCUGUUGGCAGCCUUCGGCGCCAAGACUUUUAGCACGUCAGUGUAAUUCCAAAGCGCGUCAUAUUUAUUAUUGGCGGGGGAUGCUCUGAAGUGUCAUGGGGAUAGAUUCCCCAGAGUUGACUUCACUUUCUCUUUCCUCUCCCAUGCACCAAUCAGUCGUCCAGCCGGUCAGCCAUAUUAUAUCUAUUAUUGGUGGGGUAUGCUCUGAAGUGCCAUGGGGAUGGACUCCCCAGAGUUGACUUCACUCUCUCUCUCUCUUUCCUCUCUCUUGCACCAAUCAGCUGUCCGAGCAGGUCAGCCAUCUGUUACUCUGAUUGGGCCUAAUGACUGGGGUGGCGUGGGGUCCGCGCCUAGGCGUGCCACCACGCCCCCGCAUGUGUGACACUUUUUGAGGAAUGUGCAGACUGUUUAAAGCGUGCCACGCUCCAAUCUAACUCCCCCCCUCAUUUUAGCCCAGCCUCUCCGCGGCGCACCCGUAACGACGGCCAGCACCGGACGGACAUUGCACACUGAUGCCCUACCACAAAUGGCCUGCGUAGUUGUACAGAAUCUGCAACAGGAAAUUCAGCGGGACGCUGUGGUUGCGAACUUUGCGGUACUGUCAACUGCCUGCAAGUUCUUAAUAAAUGGACGCGAUUGGUCUGUCGAUGGAGUUUAGUAGAGCGCACUUCUGCCUCGGCGACCUUGAAACACUUGGCGUCCGACACCUGGUAGCUGAUCACACCACCUAAACUUCGUAGAAUCGGCCAAGAGCGUUAAGAGAGCACAGUCGCGUAUUGCGGUCAAAGGUCGGCAGUUGACUGAUGUUGAAAGUUGUCAGAACUUCCGCAGUAGAUGUCAAACCCUAGUAAAAGUGACCCUGAACGAUUAUUUUUUGUAUCGUGCAGACCCUUGUAUAGGGUCGGACUCACUACAUGCCUGGAAAACGUCAGAUUUCGCAGGUUUUGAAGCUCGCUUUUUGCGACUGUGCAUGGUUUGCUCCAAUGCAACUCACAGACUGAGGGCUUUCUCUCAGUCUGUCAGCCAGUGCACACACAUAGGCGCCCAUUGAAUAAUUUGCCUGCGUCUCAGCAAAGUGACGUACUGUGUCUGUCAUGCAUGUUUUAUUUUUCUCGGCGACUGCUCCAACAGUCAUUUCGCAUGCGACGGGUCCGUGCACAAAUCCUACACAGAUAACGGACGCCUGUUUGUGUGACUGUACUCAAUGGAAGGGCCUUACCGCUGAACGUGAUUCACGGGUCUGUCAACUAUUGCACGCAUGUACAGUGAAUGGCCGAUCUCAUGAAAUGUUAGCCGAAAUUCUGAAGUGCGUUUCCGAUUAGGAAGGAUUACUUAGGUGGGGCUCUCAUAUUGAUUCUCUUGCGGCAUAAUCCUAUAAUAUUUCGGACUCGGUUGGAUGUCAACUUUUGAAUGCACUUCUUUUUAGUCUCCUGUAGAAACCGCACUCGAUAAAAAAUGACUACUUAAGUAGCAUGCAUUUUCCCAUUGGGUUUCGAUGGUCUUAUAAAUUCAUAUAUAUGUUACACAAAGCAUGAACAAAAAUAUGCUUUUUUUCACUCGUAUGAUAAAGAAUCGUGUCAUAUUUAUAUUUUAUACUCGUCGAAGGAGUAUGAUUAGGUUUUAAAAAAGUUUUCUAUUUCCUGAAUAAUUUAGAGCCUGAUUAGCCGUUGCAUUAACGCAUAGUAAUGUCAGUCCACAAGAUGCAUGCUUUCCGUGUAAGGAAAAUCAUACACUCUUCUAUGCCUUUAAAAAGAUACCAUAUAGAGUCCAUAAAAUUUUACAAUGGAUGCGGACUACGCUGUACAUUUCAUGAGGAGCAGUGGUAAACGGACAAGUACGAUGCUGUAUGAAUGGACAUUGCACGGUCUUAAAAAGCCUCAUAAUUAAAAAAAUUUAAAACCUAAUCCUAUUCCUUCUACGAGUAUAAAAUAUAAAGAUGACGUGAUUCUUUAUCAAACGAGUGAAGAAAACAUAUUUUUGUUUAUGUUUUCCAUAAAAUAUAUUUGAAUUUAUAAGACCAUCCAAAAUCUAUGUGAAUGAUGCAUGUUACUUAAGCAAUCAUUUUUUUGUUAUCGAGCACGGUUUCUACAGGAGACUGAAAAGCAGUGCAUUCAAAAGCAGACAUCCUACCGAGUCCGAAAUAUCAUAGGGUUAUGCCGCAAAAAAAUCAGUAUUAGAAUCCCACCUAAGUAAUCCUUCCUAAUCGGAAACGCAUUUCAGAAUUUCGGCUAGCAUUUCAUGAGACCGGUCACUCACUGUAUGUGCGGGCUCGCUUGCGCGAUGAUCUAGUGCACAAACAUGGAUGGGCGAUCGAUCCGGGUUGGAGGAUCAAGAGUCCGUGUUUCGGUCGAGAGUCGGAAGAUACCUGUCACGUUUUCACGCUAGUACGCCCCUCGGGAAUUGAUUACCGGAACCUUAACGGCUCGCUUGGACUCACGAAGAAAAGCGUCGCGAUAUGAGCAUUAAAAACAAGAUUUUGGGAAGGUGUGUAGGCUAAUUUGAGCAGCCCAACAAACUCUAGUGAUGCAGGAAAGUUCUCGAGACGGAACCGCAAAAAGAACGAGAAACUUUCAGACACCCAUGCAGUCAGGGUGUGCAUGAACAGUUGUCAGCUUGGGUUUCCAACAUUUGCAUAUCUGCACGUGUGUGGCUUCCCGAGACUACGUCCUCUGUCUCAAAGUCGGUUCUGUGCUUGACAAGCUUAGACGCUUGACGUCAGGUUUCGGUCAGCGAAGGUAAGCCAAAGUACCAACAACAGCACCAUCGAAAAUUAUUUUGCUAGCAUGUUUCUGAUGUUACUGGGAUUGGCAAACCACCACAUACCUUCGAAGUAGACCAAAACAGACCUUUUUGUGGAUAAAGAUCUGCAGUCAGGGGGGAGGCGCGAAAGGCACGUCUGUCACUGCUGCCACCAAUAAUUCAGCCUACUACCACAACUACCAUCGUUAAUACUACUACUACUACUACUACUACUACUACUACUACUACUACUACUACUACUACUACUACUACUACUACUACUACUACUACUACUACUAAUACUACUACUACUACUACUACUACUACUACUACUACUACUACCAUUACUGCCACUGACAGUUCGACCGUCGUUGUCGACGAUGUUCACUGUGUGCUCCACAGCUGGUUGAGGGCAGGGACGGUGACUUGUGCGUGAGUUAGUUUGUAGUGACAGUGGACUUGCGAAGCAUCCACCGCACUCUCUCUUCCCCCACCUAGAACCGACGUUAUGAAAAAGUCAAGAAGACCGUAGGCGAUAGAGGCCGCAGGUGACUGGCACAGUGAAACCCCACGCCUUGGCGUACCACCACACCCCCUGCUCCACAACGGAUACUAACUAGGAUUUUAUACCACGACACAAAAUGGGGCGGGCAGGUGGCGGGGCGAACCGGUAACAGGGUGUGCCGCCUCACCCCACAUGUUGGCAUAUGGGUGCGCAUUUCCGAUAACGGCUGUCGGACUCCGAUCUAGCCCCCGUGUCGAUUCGACACAUCUACUGUGUGACCUGCGUGGAGACGUGCCUUCACGCAAAACAAGUUUACUUAGGCUCAAGUAUGUGUACUAGCAACUAACAGAACGGCUGACUGUAUAGGACUGAUCACGUGCACAACAGUAUUGACUUCAAUGGCCUCAUCGGUUGAAUUGAAUCAGAAGUGUUCAUGCAGUGGUUUCUUUCAGCAUAAGCGGCAAAAAAUACAACGCAGCAAAGUGGCGAACUGCCUUCAGCAAGGACGAUCACCCCUACUUUGGGAGUAUUUUGAGCUCAUAAUGAAACAUCCAAAUGAGGUAAGUCCAAUGUUGCAAACGAAACUUGUGGGUCCUGAGCUGGGAAACCGCAAUCAUCCACGAAAAUGUGGCUGUGGAGCAGUGUCUUUGCCAAAUUUGUUUACUUAUGCCACAACAGUCUUGUCCCCAGGCUGCGUUGGACGCGGGAAUGAGGCCAUCCCCAGUACUACGGGUGACCUUGCGUUAACUUCCAAGAGGCACACCUAUUUACGUGUCUUAACUUUAACCCUAACUCCAGACCUAACACUAAUCCUAACCUUCCUUCUGGAAGUUAGUGCAUGUCCACCUGUGACACGGAGAACCUAUAGUCCGGUGCGCUACUCUAGGCCACUGAAAUGAAUGAGACGGACUCUCGUAAAUCUCUCAUCUGGGGGCUGAAAUAAAAAUCGGUAAAAAGAGCGGAUAUGUGAUGGGCGUCACAUUUGCAAGAACGCUUUUGGGCGCGUCUAAUCUUAGCUGGCAGUCGCAUAGCGACCGGAAAUGGAUAGAAGCGAUCAUCCCAGUCUCCCUUCUCUUUGUCGACUCGUCUUCUAACAUCGGAAGUGCGGCGUUUUAUCAUGAUUGUCAAAAGUUAUCAGUUAAUCAAGUACCUACAUUUCCGCUUGAUUAUUUUUAGCAUCCAGCACUCCCGAGCCAAUAGAAUCCAUCCUUCCUGAUUUAUGAGUUCUCAAUUAACGCAGACCUGUAUUCCUCCUCGAGAGCACGAAGAUUAUUGCCAACUUAAGGGCGUCGCUAGUUAUCACGAAUAAAUAAUGAAUUUAAUUCACUGUGUGGUAGGAACAUAGCCACACGAAAGAAAGAAAGCAUCCGUGGAGGAAUGGAAGAGGAAAAGUGGGAGCCCAGUUUGGAAAGUCUGCGGAGAAUAUUAGAUUGGACAUGGGGGAAAGUACCCCCCCCCUGUGGGGCAUCGCAGGCGAUCUUGAACGAAAUUCCGGGUGGUACACCUGCUUCUGUGUCCUAAAGUGGACUUUAACACAAAAUCUCUCAACUUCCCUAACCCUAAACCCCUUGGAAAUUUGGGUACGGUCAUCUGUAAUCACCAAAGACUAACCGCAGCGACUAGCGGGAACGAAAGGUCCACGACAAACGAUAUGGUGUAACACAAGGAGUACUUCAGCCAUCCCUCAUUCGAAUUUCACCGUUAAACCACACAAGAGGAUUGUCGUGAAAAAGGAGGAGGCACGAUCACCUGACGUUUCCAAUCCCUCCUCGAACCCAUCAUCAGAAAAAAUAGCAGAUACGGGUGGUUCAUGCACAAGGAGCUGCAGUAUUUUUAGGAUGCAGUCGCCAUGUAACCGCAUACAUAUGAAUAUUCACGCCCCUCCCCCCUUAUUCAUCAGGGAUUGUUGUACUUGGUGUGAUGAUUGUUCGAUGGCCGACAUUCGCGUCGUUAACUGCAGCGAUUUCAUCACGUGUGUUGGAUGUUAGUGUGAUGAGGGCUUGACCAUCUGACCCACCAACCCUGACGUAGGGGACAGUGCCAAUAGAAGCGAAGAGACGAGUCCCAGGAAGUAGUCUUGACGAAGGAGACACGAUCGCCGGGACAAGAGCUUUAUUAGCCUGACGUUUCGGAUUCCUACUCGAAUCCAUCAUCAGAGACAAAAAAGCAGAAACGGGUGGUUGUUGCACAAGGGGCUGCGGUAUUUAUAGGAUGCAGUAGCCAUGCUACCGCAUACCUAUGAACAUCCACGGCUCCCCCCUUCAUCCGGGAUCGUCGCACUUGGUGUGAGCAUUGCUUGAUGGCCGACAUCCGAGUCGAUAAUUGCUGCAAUUUCCUCACGUGCGUUGGAUGUUGGCGUGAUAAUUGCUCGACCAUCUGACGCACCGACCCCAGAGUUGGGAAAAGUGUUCACCUCUGCCCUCCCCGCAUGGCUUGUUACUCCGCCUAGGCGAGGUUUCAGUACGGAGUAUGGAAUGGGAAGCCCGUUGCACUUAUUGAUGGACUGGGGGCCAGAAAACCAUGAUUCCAGUAGCUUCCGGCUCACUCAGUUGUCACCUCUUGCGAGAAUUUCGGCCUCAUCGAAUUUGAACAUGUGGCCGGAUCUCGUCGAAUGAGCCGCAACUUGAGAGCUGGCGUCAUUUCUGCGCACCGCUGCCGCGUGUUCGGCCAUUCUCGUUCGGAGUUGUCUUCCGGUUUCUCCGACGUAGUUGCUUUGUCCGCAACUGCACCAGAUCCGAUAAACGACUCCAGACGUUUCUAGCCGUGGCAGUGGGUCUUUCGGUUUCAUGACCAGACGCCUGAUGGUUGCCUCCGGUCUGUGUGCCACUCCAACCCCAAGUGGUGCGAGAAGGCGGCCGACAGCUUCCGAAACGUUCUUGACAUACGGAAGUGCCCGCUAAGAUUUGGUGUCCGUGCGGUUAGGCCUUUCGUUCCUUUUGCGUAUGCACCGGUCGACGAAGUUGCGCGGGUAGCCAUUGGCUUUGAGGACCCGUCGGAGGUAUUAUAGUUCAGCAAUUUUGUCUUCCGGCUCACUGCAGUGCGUUUCGACACGCCGAUAGAGGGGGCAGUGUUCACCUGUGCGCUCCCCACGUGGCUAAUUACUCCGUCUAGGCGAAGUCUUAGUAUCGAGUAUGGAAGGGGAAGGUCGUUGCAUUUGUCAAUAGACUGGAGGGGGGGGGGGCAGUAAACCACGACUGAAGCAGCUCGCGGCUCACGCGUUUGUCACCUCUAUCGAGAAUUUCGGCCUCGUCGAAUAUGAAUGUGUGGUCGGAUCUCGUCGAAUGAGGCGCAACUUGAGAGCUGGCGUCAUUUCCCCGCACGGCUGCAGCGUAUUCAGCCAUUCGUGUUCGGAGCUGUCUUCCGGUUUCUCCGACGCAGUUGCUUUGUUUGCAACUGCAUCAGAUCCGAUAAACGACUUUAGACGUUUCUUGUGGUAGCAGUGGGUCUUUCGGUUUAAUUACUUGACGCCUGAUGGUUGGUUCCGGUGUGUGUGUGUGUGUGUGUGUGUGUGUGUGUGUGCAACUCCAACCCCAAGUGGUGCGAGAGUGUGACCGACAAUUUCCGGAACGUCCUUGACAUAGGGAAGCGCUCGCCAAGAUUUGGGGUCCGUGCGGUUUGAUCUUUCGUCCCUUUAGCGUAUGCACUGGUUGACGAAGUUGCGCGGGUAGCCGUUGGCUUUGAAGACUCGUCGAAGGUGUUGCUGCCUACGCAUACCUGAUCUACAUCAAAGCGCAAGCUCCAUGGCGACAAUGCUUCUCUUGAUCGGACAGACUGUCCAGAUACUCAAACCGGCAUGCAGACCAUUCCUUGUCAGUGACAUCCUCUGAUUUCCGGCAGUAUUGCCUACAUCUGAAGCGAAAAUAGACCCUACUUUGUCGUACUUAGUUGAUGCCCAGGGCAGUGAGUCACAAAGUUAGCGCCUAAACGAAUCAAGAACCUACCCUUUCGAUCAACGAAUACUUAAUUUCGUCUACGUAUUUGCAGUCAGUGACUGAUCUCAUUAAGUUCCAGCAAAUAACGUUUUCUUCAUAGUUUAUACUUGAAAACGGAGUAUCUUUCGGUUCUAAAAAAAGUUCAUAAUUUUGAGAUUGCUAAAGACCGUACAAUGUCCAUUCAUACAGCAUUGUACCUGUCCGUUUAUUAGGGCCCUCAUAAAGCAUAUAAUAUAGUCUGCGUUCGUCGCAAAACCUUGUGUGCUCUACAUGACAUCUUCUCAAAAACAGAGAAGAAUAUAUGAUUUUCUCUACACAGAAAGUAUACACCUAGUAGACUGGAAUCGCUGAAUGCUAAUGCAAUGACCCACUUGGCUCAAAAUUAUUCAAGAAUUGAAAUAGCUUUCAAAACCUAAAUAUACCCCUUAUUCUAGCAUAAAAUAUGAGGAAGACGCUAUAUGAUCCCGAAUGAGUACAAGAAAGAAUAUUUUAUGAAUGUUUUCUACAAAAUAUACUUUAAUUUUUAGUAAUCGAAAAUCCGUGUGAAAAAUGCAUACCACCUAAGUAGUCUUUUUUGCAGAGUGUGGUUUUUACAGGUUGAAAAGAAAUGUAUUCAAAAGUCAACAUCCUGGCGAGUCCGAAAUAUCAUGGGAUUAUGCCGCAUUAUAAGCACUAUUAAAACUCCACCAAAAUAACCCUUCCUAAUCGAAAAAGCAUUUCAGAAUUUUGGCUAACAUUUCCUGUGAUCGGCCACUAACUGGGGAUUAGCAACGACCUACGGCAAUAUGGCCUUCUAUGAGGCGUCCUUGGUCAUUCCAUUGACUUUAAAUGCAUUUGUAAAUUUCGUACUAUUUCCUGCAGUGGGUUACAAAGAAACGUUUUCUGUACUCAGAUUAUACAAAAUACCGUUGCGCCAAAUCUUGAUCUUGGGGGAACACUGUUUUAGUCUUAGGUAACUUCUGUGUGUUGGAAUACAGCUUGUGACGCAGUGGAACUCAUGCGUUGGUGACCUAAAGUAAACCCGGUAGAACAGACCCAGCGUUCUUCACAUCCUUGAGGAGAAAUAUGGGCACUGUCAUCGACCGAAUGCGACAUCCGAUUGGCCGGACGCCACAGCUGUAAGCCGCGAGUUGAGGGCCGGUGAGUCAUGCUGUACGUCCGUUCUGGAUGGGUCAGUAGGAGGCGAAACGCUAUUAGAUGAGGACAGUCUCCUCUUCUUUACAACCUGGGGGUUAACUUGAGGAUCUGAACAUGGAAGAUCUAACAUUCUCCACAGACAGUCUCAAACACACCAGAGUUGGACGUUAGGGCGAAGAGUAUAGGCAGGUGCUGAAGAUAAAGUUUAUUAUAACAGCGUAUGUAGACGUGUGUAAACGUCAGUAUAAAACGAAUAAUGAAUUGAACUCUGGAACUAACAAAAUAGGCAUCGUUGGAAAAAUAUGUACAUACAUCAGAGUAAAGGGUUAACCCGUUAAAAGAUAGAAGGUGGAAAACAAAAUUUAUCAACGAUCAACAAAAGAACAAACGUAUAACAAACGAGAGUGGAACUUAUCGGGUAUGCAGAUCACCGGCUUUGAUCGUGCCCAUGUGAUGAGCUUGGUCCGGGAUUCUCUACAAGAUGAGUAUUCACUUGAUUAUUAAAUCAAGGUCAGAACCCUAUGCUCUAUUUGGGCUGUUACAAUGCAGCGACACAAUGACUUAGAAAGAUCAGAACAAAUGAAAGAAACCUCUCGUGAUUAUUGGUUCCGAGUAGGGCACAACGACAACAGCUGGCCCUACCUGUUUUGCAGUCCGACUAGCUUACAUUUAUCGGAAUGAAUUGUGACGCAGUUUGCGGAAAUGACUUUAAAAGCCUGUCAGUCAUCGUCUAAGUCAAGUUCCUUCGGCCUAUCAAGAAAACGUCUACAAGGUCUCCUGAGGUGGAGCGUAGUUUAGGGUGAUGAACUUUGGAUUCCAGGCAAUUACGAACACCACGUGGGAACUGCAGUUAUGACCCGAGAGAGAGAGGAGUUGUAAGUUCUUAUGACCACGCCUGGUACUCAGAAACCCCACGAAGCAUAUACGCACUUGACUUUUGUCCCCAUUACUAACACGGCAGAGAAGUAUAACGCGGUCGGCCACGAUAAAGCGUAUCAAAAACCUGCAAGUCAUUGUCACUGAAAGGCUGCGUGUAUUUUUAGCAUCCCGUUCAGGUUGGCUAGUAUUCUGUCUAAUGAGCUCCAAGAGAAGGUUCUAGAAGUGCCGAGAGGCUGCUCACAGACAGGGCAUUCCCAACAGCUGCCUUCAUCGAUCAAUCGCGAUUGCAGGAUAGUCGGCUGGGCACGGAAAUCUGAACUCCCGUGUUACAUACAGGUGGUCGUGCCUUUCAUUCCAGGGAAGGUUACAGUUUGGGCUAAAGUUAGUGUUAGGAUUAGGAAGGUUCAGAUUAGGCUGUGAAUAGGACUAGGACUAGGAUAGGCAGAAUUAGGAGAGCUAGCGUUUGAGUUACGGUUAAAGUUAGGACAGAGGAAUAGGGACCCUUCUGGAAUUUCACACGAUGACAUCUGUAGUGAUAAUAGGUCCAUAUUCCCGUGUCCGACUUGGCAGACAUGGUGACUUACGUUUGAUUUGAGAUCUCCUCAUUGCUGCUGCAUGUUCAGCCAUUCGUGUUCGGAGUCCUCUUUCAGGCAAGAGUAUGGUUUAUGGCUGGGGUAACUUACUCCGGGCGGUAAAAGAAAAUAACUCCCGAUGUUUAUUUGUACGCGUCAGAGGGAGAAAUAAAAAGACCUCGCGGUGGCUGUUGCGUGAGGGUGGUCAAGAUACUUUAAGGUAGUCAUCGGGAUAAAAGUACAACAAUGCAGUGCCUUUUUGACAAUGCCUACAAAGAGGCAUCAAAUUCAUUUACUGUUAUCAGAUCCGGUAAACGGCUACAGACGUUCCCUGUCGUGAUAGUUAGUCUUCCGGCCUCAUGAUCUGGCGCCUUCUGCCCUCGUACGAUUUGUGUGCACUCACAACUCCGAGUGGUGUGUGAAUGCUGCCGACGACUACCGAGACGUUCUUCACGUACGGGAGCACACGCUAAAAUCUGGUGCCUGUUUUUAUUUUGUCUCCCUUCGUGUAAACGCAUGCACUGACUAACGAAGUUAUGCUGGUAACCAUUUGCUCUAAGAAUCCGUGGAAAGUAGUGUAAGUCAGCAACCUUGUCUUCCUGUCUGACACAGUGCGUCUCGACACGCCAGUAUAGGCGGUUUUCGAUACUCUGAGACAGACAGGGAAGUCCUCCGCGAUGUCAUUCCGGAUGGCAAAGGCGACGCCGGCGUCCCAUCACUUUGCCUUUGAGUGGUCGCUGCAUGAGAAGGUGUAGCCGGCACUCAUCUCCUCCAGUAGGCCUUGUUCGGAGAAGCCGGUCUCGCUGAGAGCAGCAAUGCCCACCUCGAGCGACCAGCGCCAUCCUCCAUUCCGAUUAGUUGCUCCUUGGAUUGUCUAAGAGAGAACGAACAUUCCAGACCGCCAGAGUAAGCGGACUUUCCCUAGCAGUCUGUGGAAUGGGGCUGAUGGGAGGGGGAAUGGGUUCCUGUUGUUCUCUGUUGCGCUCCGAUCACGGAUUUUGCAUAAACGGGACGGGGUAUAACUUCAGCGGACGUGGUUUCCCAGCAUUUGCUAAGAGAACUUUUUUAACCCCUUCUCAUGAGAGG